CAAAAAUCUCAUUCUUAAAUCUAAUCUUCACACUUGCCUGUGUUCUUCUAGUUCUCUUAGGGCCACCAUUAUGUCUCAAUUAGCACCAAAACAAUUCAUGACUGAAUCACAAAGUAACCAGGACCACGAGCAAGUGGUGGUGAUCUCACAGAAAAAGCUAAAGAGGAGAAGAGUGUGUGUGAUGGUCACAGGAGCAGUGCUGUUACUGCUCAUUGUGCUAGUCAUAGUGGCAAUUAUCUUGGCCUUUACCUUGUUCAAGACCAAAGAACCAAGAACUCAGCUUGUGUCUGCCACUUUAGAAGGUAUAGCACCUCGUCUCACACUUCCUGCCAUUGACCUACAAAUCAAUGUCACACUUGACCUCAAGGUUCGGGUUGAAAACAGAAAUCGUGCUAGUUUGAAGCAUGAAGGGGGAAAGAGUGUGUUGCUGUAUAAAGGAAAAGAGGUUGGAGAUGCUUAUAUAAACCCUGGUCUUAUUCCUUCAAGGGGUUCUACUAUUCUUCCAUGCAGACUCACCCUUCAGGUGGAAAAGCUAGCUUCCAACUUGACCAGUUUAGUUGGUGAUUUGAUGGGGGGAGAGAUCUCUAUGGACACAGUUACUAGGAUUCCUGGGAAAGUUACCUUCCUUGGAUUCAUCAAGAAACAUAUUGUUGCAGAGUCCAAUUGCCAAUUCACUAUUAGUGUUUCUGAGUUGAAGAUCACAAACCAAACUUGCAAGAGUAAGGCCAAGUUAUGAAAUCAUGUAUGAAGCAGAUUUGUAGGUUAUAGUUCAUACUUUAGUUUCUCACUGUGAGGAGUUUCUGAGACAUUAAUAAUAGUGUUACAUACUUACAUGUUUCUACAUGCUAGUUUUAUUUGUAUGCUUGUCUAUUAGACGUUGGUUUCAGUAUUGUAAAUUUUGAGAAUACUAUUUCCGGGAGUAUUAUUUAUAAUAUUUUGUGCUAAGUCUGUGUCCUUUUGAGAUGUGUGAUGUGAUUACAUGCAAAAGCAGAAGAUCCUCUUCAUUGCAACUUGCAAGGGGUCUGGAA